AUAAUGGCUUGCUGAGUUCUGUCUUAAAAGGACACAAUGUCACCAGUCACAGAACACAUAAAAAGAGAAGGAUUGUCUUUGGGAAAGAAUUCCUGUGAUAGAGGCACGGAUCGAGAGAAUGGAAAACCAUGGACAAUACAUUGAGCUGGCUCGUUAUCUGAAAGCGGUGAGAUGUCAUGAUGUCCUGUCUCUAGAGCAGCAUAUGUAUAAGAUACCCUUCUACCUGUGCAGAAGUGGAGACAUCCAUGGCGGUGCCCUGGCUCUCUUUUACUGCUACUACAAAACAUGCUGCAUAGCCUGCCACCUCUCCCUCAGCCAUUUCGAGAUGUACCUGAAGAUCUUCCGCACUGGACAUGUUCCCUCAGGGAAAGAGAUGGAGAAGUCUUCUCGGUGGAUAUCUGUGGGAACACCUCUGCGAGUUCCGUUUCUGCUCAUUCAGAUACUCAAGCUGGUCUGCAGCAACUCAUCACUGUAUAAGAAUCCCCAAUACUGGAGUGCUAUCAUCAGGACUUUUAGCAGCCACUCCAUUUUGGGAGAGGAUGGAUCCCUGCUACCCCUUGAAGUGAAACAACCACCCCGAGAUUUCCAAGAGAUGAUCAUCAGCGAGUCUUGCCACGUUGUGAAAGAAGCCACCAUCUACAAUAGAUUCCGCGACAACAUUUUCCCCAAAAAAGUCUAUAGUAGGGAUACAUACAUGGAGGUUGGGCUCAUUUUUGUGGUCCAGCUGGUGCGACAGAUGAUUGUGCACAAUCACCAUUCCAUGACUUCCUUCCUGGAUGUUGUGUUGGCCUUUGGGAAAAACAUCUGGGCCCUGAGGCUGCUUCUGGAGUCUCUGACUCAUCGAGACAAUACCCUCCGCACCAUUGUUGGCUUGACCAUCACUGAACUCCAGAGCCGGAAGGCGGAAAUGUUGGUCUUGUGGAAUCACUUUGGCCCUUGGUACGUGUGUGAGCUGCUUUACCUCUUCCUGUCAUCCAGCAAUAGAAACAUACCCUCCAUUGCCAUCAUCAUCACCAACAUAAUUAAGGAAAACCUGGCUAUGUGUUUGUGGGCUAAGCAGGUUGGCGAAUUCCUUCAAAAGUCGAGAAGACAUUUUGCUUGGGUGCCUCCAGAUGUUUCCAGCUUCAUUGCUGCUUCACAGACUCUUUCGUAAAUCUGACAAAGUGAGGAUGGCCACCUUUUCCUCGCUUUUGACUACUUUUGUGAAGUCCUACUUCGGAGAACUUACUAUGGAUACAAACCACCAUAAGCAAAGAGAAAAGCCACCGUACAUCAGACAGCUUUUGAUGGCUCUUCUAAGAAUUUCAGGCGUGCCUGCUGAACUCCACAGGAUUUAGAAGUUUAUAAGGCACAGUAAACAAAACUAUCCCAUGAGAGGAUAGUUGUUGUUUUACGGGCCUGACAUGGGCCUUUGUUUAAGGUUUGUU